AGAAAGAGAGAUGAUCGCACCGAAUGCGAAUGCUCAUAACCGUAAGAUUCACACAUGCCUUUUGGGAUGGAGGAAGAGGCAGUCGAGGAUGUGGAUGUGGAUGUGGCUGUGGAUGAGGAACAAGAGAAAUACAUUUUGAAAAUUUAACGAUGCGCACAUUUUAUUACCGCAAUUAAUUACAAAAACAACGCGGCCAAAAAGAAAUCUUAGUCACUUUAUCUGCGAUGCCAGCAGGGAUGAUCCCACAGAAAAAAAGAAAGACAGAAUAGCAGAGAGAGAGAGAGUACUCUAGAGGGAACAAGAACAGAGGAAAGAGAGACAGAGCGAUCGUAGGGCAGCGAUAAGCCUUAUGAUAGAUGUGACUAGUAAAAUGCUACUACCAAAUGGUUCUGGAGAUUGCAGCGCUCUCGUAAUUGGAGGCGCGACAGUUUGUCUCAGCAGUCAAACUUGGUUAAUUGGAGAGCCAGAGCCCCAGAGAGAGAGAGACCCAGAGCGAGGCCUGGUUGGAAAACCUGUUUCUCGACCAAUUAAACGCCAGAGAGCCAGAGGCUGGCGGAGAGAGACAGAGCCUUGUGUUUAGACCUGGCCCAGAGACGUUGAGGUCUGCUGUUGGCGCUGAUCCCAAGACAUUUCGUGUUCCGACGCGCACCGCGACAGUUCCCACUCUGGAGCGACUUCCCAGUCCAGUAACCGGAGCGAUCCCGAAGUCUAUGAGCGAAUCUGUAGUGCGGAGCAGGAGAAUGGGUUUCAAGCACGCCAUGUUGCAGCGCAGUUACGAGAUGUCGCCCUCGCCAGCGCGCACUUCACCCACAAAUGCCAACAGCACCACCAGCAGCUCCACCAAUAGCACCACCAAUGAGUGUCCCCCAGCGGUGGCCCAGGCUCCGGCCCAAGUAACGGACUUUAGCAUCAGUCGGAUAUUGGGCAAGGAGAGGAGAUCAUCUCCGACAGAUGCCACAGCCAACAUUCUCGAUCUCUCCAAAAGUGGAAGCAUCAGCACCAGCCACAGCACCCAACCCCAAGGAGCCCCCCAAGUCCCGCCCACGAUUGCAGCCUCUCCUUCAUAUAUGGGCUACUCCAUGCUGCCUCCGGAUCUGGUGGCUAUGGCAAAUGCCACCAAAUUCUAUGCCCAGUUCUUUCCACAUUUGCUGCCCGCCUAUGCCGCUGCAGCGGCGGCUGCCGGUCUCAGCACUCCACCCACGUCACCCUACCAGCAACAGCAGCUGCAGCAGCACCAUCAUCAACAGCAGAAGCGAUACUUUGCACCCUAUGUGAUCAAUGGACAGGCCCCACAGCAGCAGCAACAUCCCAAUCUAAUCCGUCCAAAAGCCACAGCCACCGCCUGCACACGUCCGGACUGUCUCGAAUGCCUGGACUACUACCAAAAGCUACAGGCAGGCUACAAGUCCACGCCUCUGAUAUCGCCCGCUGCCUCGUCCGUGAGCAGUUCGAGUAGCUCCGCCAUGCGACCAGUUAGGGAUCUGGUCAACAGCACCAGCAUCUCGCUGACCACCGUCACCAAUUUCAGUAUGAACACGGCCCAAACAGCCGCCGGACUGAUGCCAAAGAUGGAUGGACUACUGCCCAAUGCCGUCGGCAUGGGAAGCAAUAUCAGCUCCAGCCGCAGCAGCUCAAUCAAUCCCAUCAAUCCAUAUAAUCCCACUGCCGCCGAGGAGAUCAGUUAUAAGUGCAGGAUAUGCGAGAAGGUCUUUGGAUGCUCCGAGACUCUACAGGCGCACGAGAAGACACACAAAUCGCCACGUUACGAGUGCUCCGAUUGCGGCAAGGGAUUCUCCCAGCUGCGGAAUUACAAGUACCACCUGUCCGUACAUCGCGGCACCAAGGAGUUUGCGGCCGAGUGCCCCGAAUGUGGCAAGACCUUCAACGACAAGGGCUACCUCAGCAGUCACAUGAAGAUCCAUCGGAAUCGGAAGGAGUACGAGUGCCCCUACUGCCCCAAGUCGUUCAACCAGCGUGUCGCCUUCAAUAUGCAUGUACGCAUCCAUACGGGCGUCAAGCCGCACAAGUGUUCCGAAUGUGGCAAGCGUUUCUCUCGGAAGAUGCUCCUCAAGCAGCACAUGCGCACCCACAGCGGCGAGAAGCCCUAUCAGUGUUCUGUUUGCGGCAAGUCCUUUGCUGAUCGCAGCAACAUGACCCUGCACCAUCGUCUACACUCCGGAAUCAAGCCAUUCAGCUGUCCGCUCUGCCCCAAGGCUUUCACGAAGAAACAUCACCUGAAGACGCAUCUCAACUACCACACGGGCUGCAAGCCCUACGUCUGUCUGCAUCCCAACUGCAAUCAGGCCUUCACACAGUCCAGCAAUAUGCGCACCCAUGCCAAGAAGUGUCAGUAUCGACCAUUGGACUCUACGCCCUCGUCAUAUCCAGUGCCCGGAAAGGCUCAGCCCCAGGGGCAGAUGCAGAUGCAGGUUCCCACCAGCCUGGCUCUGGCCAUGGCGUCAGCUCCAACGUUUGCCAUGCCACCACCGCCGCCACCAGCACAGCAAUCCCUGCUAAGCAAUCUAAGAACAUACUGAGCCGAUUAGUAGGAGAAGGAGCAGGAUGU